UAUAAACACACCAUAGGACAGAAGAUAUUGUCAGCCUCUGAUGCAGCCGUCAUGUGACAGGGUUCCAGAAGCCGGUACCAUGUGAUUAUAUUUGGGCUGGUUGCUACCUGAAUCUGAGUGAGUGGAGAGAAGCAGUUGUAUUUCAAGGUUUGGCUCUCGCAAGGAGGCGUUAACAGACCGUGAGGCUGCAGUAUAGUGGAAUUCCCAGAGAGAGACCGACUUGAUUGGAGGAGGAGUAGGAGGAAGAAUUGAAGAUGGCGGCCGGAGAGAGACAAGCAGAAACGUCCGACGGCAUUGCCAGUGGUAGUUCGGGAGCACGUGAACCAAGCAAGCUCUUGAAUGGAGACGCAUCGCAGCAGCAGCAGCAAGGUGGCCAGCAGACCAUGCAGCUGAAGAAGGAGAUCUCUCUCCUGAAUGGGAUCAGUCUCAUCGUGGGCAACAUGAUCGGCUCCGGGAUCUUUGUGUCUCCCAAGGGGGUUCUGAUCUACAGCGGUUCCUACGGGCUAUCCCUGGUGAUCUGGGUGAUCGGGGGCAUGUUCUCUGUGGUGGGGGCGCUGUGCUACGCUGAGCUGGGCACCACCAUCACCAAGUCCGGGGCCAGCUACGCCUACAUCCUGGAGUCCUUUGGGGGCUUCAUCGCCUUCAUCCGGCUGUGGACCUCGCUGCUCAUCAUCGAGCCUACCAGCCAGGCCGUCAUUGCCAUCACCUUCGCCAACUACCUGGUGCAGCCUCUAUUCCCCACCUGCGAGCCGCCCUACUUGGCAUCCAGACUCAUUGCGGCUGCCUGCAUCUGUCUGUUAACCUUCAUCAACUCCGCCUAUGUGAAAUGGGGCACCAGAGUUCAGGACGUGUUCACCUACGCCAAGGUGAUCGCGCUGAUUGUCAUCAUUAUCACAGGCCUCGUCAAGCUGUGCCAGGGGCACACACAGCACUUUGAGUCCUCCUUCGAAGGCUCGUCCUGGAACCCCGGGGACAUCGCCCUAGCCCUCUACUCCGCUCUCUUCUCUUACUCCGGCUGGGAUACUCUCAACUUCGUCACAGAGGAGAUCAAGAACCCUGAGAGGAACCUGCCCCUGUCCAUCGCGAUCUCCAUGCCGGUGGUGACUUUCAUUUACAUCCUGACCAAUGUGGCUUACUAUGCAGUGCUGGACAUGAAUGCCAUCCUCGCGAGUGACGCGGUCGCCGUGACCUUCGCUGACCAGACCCUGGGUGUGAUGAGAUGGUCCAUCCCCAUCGCUGUGGCCCUCUCCUGCUACGGCGGGUUGAACGCAUCCAUCAUCGCCGCCUCCAGGCUGUUUUUCGUGGGGUCACGUGAAGGCCAUCUCCCGGACGCCCUGUCCAUGAUCCAUGUGGAACGCUUCACUCCCAUCCCCGCGCUCCUCUUCAACUGCGGCAUGGCCCUAAUAUACCUGGCUGUGGAGGAUGUCUUCCAGCUCAUUAACUACUACAGCUUCAGUUACUGGUUCUUCGUGGGGCUGUCGAUAGCUGGACAGAUCUACCUGCGCUGGAAGGAGCCCGACAGAUACAGACCACUCAAGCUGAGCCUGUUCUUCCCCAUCGUGUUCUGCCUGUGCUCAGUCUUCCUGGUGGCAGUGCCCCUCUACAGCGACACCCUCAGCUCCCUCAUCGGGAUCGCCAUCGCCCUCUCGGGGGUGCCCGUCUACCUGCUGGGAAUCCACCUGCCCGAGUCCAAGCGCCCGCCCUGCAUCGGCAAGCUGCUGGCUGCCCUGACCCGAAUCACACAGCUGAUCUGUUUCUGUGUGCUCACGGAGAUGGACGUCAGUGAACAGGACAAGAUACCCUACCCCCAUCCCAGUGCCUCUCAAUCCGGGGGGCUGGGGGAAGGAUUGGGGAAGCCGGCACAGUCCCCAGACACUAAACGCCAAACUGAAGAAACACACAAGGACAGAUAGAAUCCAUUAGGAAGGUUCCAUGUAGACUCCUGAACCCUGCUUUCAUUUAAGGUGGGGACUUAAGACUUGAACCACUGGCAGGAGUCGCACUACUUGAGGUUAUUAACUUCUUACCUGCAGACAGGUGUUUUAAACACUGGGCCUGACUUCAAACCACUCUGCUCAAUGUCUUCCAAUCCACAACGUGGCACUGCAGCUUUCAGUCGUGCUCUUUACAAACAGGAGUAGUCAGAACUUCUACAUUCCACAUGGUGCUCCAGUUGUCACUCACAUACGCUACUUGCCACACUCCAGUCCAAAAGGAACUUUGGGAUCAUUUGGUGGGAAACAACAAAAAAAAAAUAUCAUGUUGCACCUACGUCAAGUCUACUGGUGAUGUUGGGGGUGGGGUCACUGAGCCACUUUUUAACCCCACCACUUUUAAAUACUCGAUUUUGUAGAAACUGUUUUGGGAUUUCAAGAAAUAAGUCCUCGCUGCACGAAGGCUCUCCGAGAGAUUUGAUUUUAUAUAAUAGAUAUAGAUAUUGAUAUAGAUAUACAAUCUGACACACAGAACUGAUGGAAUAAGGAUGGGUGUUCUUGGGAAGGAUGGUCGUACCUUAUAUAUUUGUAUAUAUAAUCUUUUUUUUUUUUCUGUGCGCAGCAUAUUUAAGCGUUAGAUGAUUUACAGAAUGUACUGUAAGGGUUUUGAAACCUGACGGGACAAUUGCCAGGGGAAGAUGUACUGUACCUCACAUCAGUCUUCCACUGUGAAGUACCAGCACCUUUAUUUUUUGAUUGUUAGUGUAUGAAUAUGUAGGAAAUGUGAAUUAACUGUAACGGGGGGGACUGGGUAUUGCCUUAUUUGUGUGUGUGCGUUAGUUAAACAUGACAGCCCUGUAUGUUCCACAGUGAAAUGUUUGCAUUGUUACUUGUUCUUUUAAAAACUAUUUGAUGCAAUAGAAAGCUCUCCACUGCGUGGGUCGAAGCAGACUAACCUUGAGCAGAUGCUUCCUCGAUUCUCCUGGAACUCCAAAGAGAUGGUUUGAUUUCUAUUUCCAUGGAUGGGGUUUCACCUCUAUUCAAGACCAAAGUCAAUUAAGUCACAUUAAACUGAGAGACACACUGUUCCAAUUAUUGACACACAGGUUAAGCAGGCAAACUGCCAUUUGUGCAAAUGAGUUGCUGGCUAUAAGCAGUGUCAUUUGCUGUUAAAUUGUUAAAAAUAUAUAUAUAUAUUUCUGAAGUUAUGGAUGGUUAAGGAAUGAAUGGUUCUACUUUCACAUGGUCUGUCUAACAGAGUAGUAUUCAAGGGUUAAAUCCGUUUUCUUAAUUCUUGUUAUCUCUGGCUCGAUCAUUCCUGGUUGAAGCAGCAUGCAGCAGUUUGGCUGUAGUGUUGUUUUGAUAAUAGAAGUGGGAGCAGUAAUGUUAAUAAAGCUAGGUAAGAUAAA